AUGGCAAUGGCACACGAGAGGAGGAAGGUGGCCGAUAUGUUUAAUUUCUUUCGUGGCGAGAGGACCCGAGUCCAACUUGCUCUCAUUACCGUGCAAUUGGGCUACGGGGUCUAUUAUGUCUUGACCAAAGUUGCCAUGAGUGAAGGCGUGAACCGAUUCGUCUUUGCUGUGUACCGAGACGCGAUCGCCCUGUGCCUCCUGGUGCCACUUGCAUUCUUCUCAGAGAGAAAUCUCCGAACUCCUUUCACAGUUCCCGUUUGCUUGUUAAUCGUGGCGUUGGGAUUCACGGGAAUAUUUCUGCAGCAGACGCUGUUCCUGGCAGGACUCGCGUACACCAACACGGCAUUCGCAGCUGCAAUGCAGAAUGCCAUUCCCGUCUUCACGUUCAUGAUUGCUGUGGUGUGCAAGUUCGAGGUGAUUCGCUUGAACAAGCCUGACGGAAUGGCCAAAGUCGUUGGCAUCUGCUCGGCCGUGGCGGGGGCUUUCACAAUGUGUCUCUACAAGGGACCGACUCUGUUCGGCACGGACUCAUCGUCGCAGCAGGAGCAGGCAGCUGAGGUCGUGGCCCAGACUGGUGCAGACAAUUGGUUGGCGUCCACUUUGCUGAGCUAUGGGGUGGACUACUGGCAGAUGGGCGCUCUGUGCCUGGUGGCGAAUUGCUUGUGCAUGGGCAUUUACACCAACCUGCAGAUCCCGGCCCUGAAGAGAUUUCCAGCUCCGGUGUCGCUGUCGGCUUCUUCGAUCUUCGUCGGGGCCAUGUUCUUGCUGAUCACGGGUCUGUCGAGCGUUUCGGAAGCGUCUGAGUGGAUUCUGCACUCUCCCGGGACGAUCGUGUCUGUGGUGUACGCUGGUGCUGUGGCUUCGGGACUGAACUUCUCUCUGCAGACGUGGGCAAAUCAGCGCGGAGGUCCUGUGCUGGUGGCGGCGUACAUUCCUCUGCAGACUGUGUUCUCUGCAUUUCUGGGAGUGGUGAUUCUGGAUGAUCCUCUGUACUUGGGCAGCGUGAUUGGAGCUGUGCUGAUUCUGAUGGGUCUGUAUUUGGUAAUCUGGGGCCAGCGGCUGCAUAGGCUGGCGAAAGAGAGAGACUGUCUUGGAAUGCCAUUUGAGAGAGUGGAGGAUGAUAUCAAGGUAAUAUCAUUCUCUUAA